AAUGACUAUCCAGCAUGUAGCAAUUUAAGUGGUUAUAGUAUGAAAGGCCAUCACGCAUGUCCUGUAUGUGAGAAAAAUACAUGCUUCUUGCAACUAAAACAUGGAAAGAAGACAGUGUACACAAGGCACCGACGAUUUCUUAAACAGUAUCAUCCAUAUCGACGAUUGAAGAAAGCUUUUAAUGGAUUGCAAGAAAAUGAAAGUGCGCCAAAAGCAUUAGAUGGCAAAGAAGUUUAUGAUUGCGUCAAGGACAUCGUAACUAUCUUUGGAAAUACACAAAAAAAUCUCCAACUGAGACAAACAUAUGGAAGAAAAGGUCCAUAUUCUUUGAUCUUCCAUUCUGGUCCGAUCUUCAUGUUAGACAUUGUAUAGACGUGAUGCACGUCGAGUAAAAUGUUUGUGAUAGUUUAAUUGGCACCCUUCUUAACAUUAAAAGCAAAACAAAGGAUGAUUUGAAGUGUCGUUAGGACUUGGUUGAAAUGGGUAUACAAGAACAAUUGCAUCCAAUGUCACAAGGUUCGCGAACGUAUCUACCCCCAGCUUGUCACACAAUGUUAACAAACUAGAAGAGGAGUUUUUGUCAUUGUUUGCGUAUGCUAAAAGUCCCACAAGGAUACUCUUCAAAUAUCAAGAGUCUUUGUGUCCGUCAGUGACUUGAAAUUGGUUGGUUUGAAAUCUCAUGAUUGUCAUGUAUUAAUGCAACAACUAUUGCUUGUAGCAAUUCACGGAAUCUUGCCGGAGAAAGUUCGGGUUUCCAUAACACGUAUGUGCUUUGUUUUUAAUGCUAUCUAUUGUAAAGUCAUUGACCUAACAAGAUUAGAUGAAUUGGAGAAUGAGUCUGCGAUUGUCCUUUGUUAAAUGGAGAUGUAUUUUCCACCAUCAUUUUUCGACAUCAUGGUUCAUUUAAUUGUUCAUCUAGUGCGGGAGAUCCGAAUGUGUGGUCCUGCUUUUUUAAGGUGUAUGUAUCCAAUUGAGAGUUACAUGAAAGUGUUAAAGGGGUAUACCAAGAAUCAACACCGACCAGAAGCUAUGAUUGUCGAAAGGUAUGUUGUUGAAGAAUGUAUCGAGUUCUGCUCACAGUACAUUGAAGAUGGUAAACCCGUGGGGCUUCCUCAAACUCGUCAUGAUCGGAGACCGACGGGUAAGGGUACACGAGGAUUUAAUGUUGUGACAAUGACUCGAUAGGAGGUUACACAAGCGCAUCUAUAUGUAUUAAACAAUAUAGCAGAGGUCAUUCCAUACAUAAAUGAGCACAAAAAAAACUCAUUGAUAUGAACCCAAAAAAGAACAUGAUGAGGAUUUUGCAAGACCAUAAUAGAUCUUUCAUUAACUGGUUCAAAGAAACAAUAUUUGCUGAUGACGGUGCUUCUACGACAUUAAGAUUGUUAGUUGUUGGGCCAAAGAUGACAAAAGCUCAAUUCAAAAUAGUGGUGUGACUGUUGAUGUUGACUCCGAUCACUUUUGUAGUGCAUCAGACAAUAAUCCGAUCCGAGCAUCCAUGCCUUACUUUGGCGUUAUUUAAGAAAUUUGGGAGCUUGACUACAGUGAAUGUAGAACUUUUGUGUUUAAGUGUAAGUAGGUCAAUGCAAUACCGGUGUCCGUCGAGACGAAUUUGGAUUUACUUUAGUAGACCUACAUAGGUGGCUUAUAUGGACGAACCUUUCAUUAUGGCCCAACAAGCAAGACAGGUGUUUUACGUCCAAGAUCCAAGCGAUUCAAGAUAUUCAGUGGUUCUACAAGGAAGACCAAGUGGUUUAAUUAAGUCACAUGAUGAUUGCACACUUAACAUUUGUGACAGACCACCUUUUUUUGACAAAAAUGCCUUCUAUCAAUGAGUCACAAUACAUUGAUGAUGUGCACGCAAAUCGUAUUGAUCAUGAUGAAAGACUAUGGGAAAACACUGUGACUUAACUGAAGCCUAUCAAAAUAAUGGUCAUGAGAACACCACCACCAAAAUCAUCCCUCACCACAAAAAGCAUGGUUGACAUUUAUGAUAGAAGGAAUUUUUCCACUAGAUGGAGGUAGUUUAAAUCAUCCCUCACCACAAAAUUUGUCUAUAAUAAUUCGGAGGGGGAACAAAAAGAAGAUCCUUCAAUUAAAUAUGGCCUAGAUCCAAAAACAUGGGAGGAAUUUAUGGCAACCCGCAAGGCCCCUGACUGGGAGGGAAUCAGGAAAAAGAUGUAGGAACUCCAAAAAUACAAUGACUGUCCCCAUAUACUUUCACGUGGUGGAUAUGAUUUGCUUGAGAAGAAGCUAUUAGACGAGAAAAUAAAAAAAGGCAACAUGACGCAAUGAUGACUGAGAAUCCACCACUAAUUGAUGACCCCCCAUCUCCCAUUCAAAGACAUGUUAAGUGGAAGUUGGCACGCACCAAGGCAUAUGGGCAAAUGAUAUCUAAGGCGACAAAAGAAAUAUCUGACAAGAUUGACUCGUUGGAAGAACAAAUGUCACAGGGUUCGUUUGUCCCCCAUGGUCGUGACGACAUACUUAACAUGGCUAUAGGGCGACCGGAUCAUGGAGGUCGUGUUCGUGCAGCAGGGUCUAGGGUCACAAUUACUCAAUACUAUGGGAGGACAUCACGUGGCUGCAAUAUCUAUUCCGUCUCCAUCAACCAACAACAAAUGGCUGAAAUAAUAGCAACCAUUAAGGAACAAGUCAAGAAUGACAUUGAAGAAGAAAAGAAGCAAAGUCUAGAGGUGUGGAAAAAGGAGUUGAAGGACGCCUUCAUUAUUGAGAUGUCGCAAAAGGGAUCAAAGGUCUCAACACCUAAUGACGCGGAUAUAAAUGUGUUAGGUGCAUGUGUGAGCACAAAGGAAAGCAAGGCUGAAACUGGUGUCAAUCGAACUACGGAAGAACAUGUUGGUCAUGUCACACUGACUAUGGGGUUGCAUGUCCAACGUCAACAUUCUACACAGCUGGUGGCGUUGGGAAACAUAUUUCAUGGUGCUACCAUACAUUGUGUGGCGUAUGCAAAUGAUGUCGUAAGGGUUAGUGUUGAAAAAGUUAUUGACGGUGAAGCUGAAGUCCCAUUUUCGACUGACGAAAUUAAGUAUGUCAAGCAGGCCCUUCACACAUUCAUUGCAUGGCCAACACCUCUUGUCAAACUGGUAUCAAAUGAGGAUGCAUCCAUUAGGCAACAUGAAGUCCCUGAAGUUGCUGAAGGGGUCAAUGAUGUUGCUAUAAAUGACCCCUUGCAUGAGUUGAUUAAGAGCCUGGUUGACAUUUAUGACAAGCCUGUUCAGUUUGUGUGGGAUGUUAAUAAAUUUGGGAUUCCUCAUGUAGAUUCAUUCUUGUUCUUGACAUAUGUUGAUGUCAACGAAAUAACAACAUGUGACAAAUGCUUGAAUAUAGCUAUACUUCAGUUGUGGACAAUGUAUAUGGAUGAGUUCAGUGAUAGCUUGGGUCAUCGAUCCCUGUAUGGAUUCCUUGAGCCUCAAUCAAUACACAAUGCAAAGGACAGACGUGGACAAUGUGAGGAAUAUAUUGAAAAAUGGCUUAAGGAAUCGCAGCGACAAGUGUACUUAGGAGCUUAUUUGAAUCAGGCUCAUUGGCAGCUGAUUGUUUUAUGUCCUAAAAACAAUGUGGUGGUAUGGUUUUGUUCGUUGCGUAAAAGGCCUGAUGUUCAUAUAAAAACUGCAAUUAACAAUGCAUUUAAGACAUUAAACACCACAACUGACGACAAAGUUCAGCAAACUACACCCCAGUGGAUUGAACUCAAGUGGUUCGGUGAUGGCACACCACAUGACACCGACACCAUCACAACAUUACGUCAAAAUUGGGCAGCCUAUUUUUUAAAACUUAGAGCCAUCCAACGUAAAAAGCUUUAAUUUAUUGAGAUGCGGACAUCAACUUUGUGUUUUUGAUGUAAUUGACAUUAAGUGUUAUAAACAGUUAUGCUGGUGUAAUGAUUAUUAUAUGCCAAAACAAAUACAAAUGUGUUCAUUUCAUUUUGGUAUGCACCAAAAUGUUCACACUACACGUUGUAUUUUCAAUUGGUAUUUUUGUCAAUAGCAUAUGUUUUUGUUUUGGAAUGGGGGCUCAUUUUUGUAGGUGUUUCGAAUCAUGCGGUGUGGAGCAGGAGGCAACAAUAGAGGACAAUGACAUUGAUGGGUAUAUGUAUUUUAUUCUCAACUUUGAGGCUCUUUUUUAUGACUGAGUGUCAUCUGGAAUGUCGUAUACAGUUGCAGGGAUCAUUGUGAUGUGGUAGUCAACACAUUGCAGUUGAUGUUGAACACAUUGCAGUUUAACAUGUCUGCGCCAGAAACAAUAUGUUUUUAUGAAAAGGUUCCUAAAGGUAGCUCAAGUAGACAGAAAGGUCAGUACUCAUUUUUCUACCAAAUAUUUUGGUCUUUUUUUUUUAAUGAAACAGGUUGAGUUAUUGGCUUUAUUCCUGGUAGAGGUCACUCUUGUGGAGUAUCAGAUGGUGAAGUUCCCUCCAUCUUUGCUAGCUUGAUUUGGAGAGGUAACACCAUGGUGCACUUAUUGCAGUUGCUCAUAUAGCUAAGGGUUGCUCAAAGUGAUGAUAAAGAAUUUGGAGCAAGUGGUGGCUAUGGUCCUCACUUCGUUACCUGACCAACACCCCCGUAUGCUUCGUGCUAAGUCCAUGGAAUGUAUAACUUUAGUUGGAAUGGCUACUGGGAAGGAGAAGUUUAGGGCUGAUGCUAACCAGGUAGGUGUUUCAGGUAAGCAUUAGUUAGGCAUACCUCGUCCAUACUAUCAAGUUCCACCAGCAAGUCAGGUAAAACAGCAAACGAUGCCUCAUUUUCCCUAUUUUACACACAAUCCACACAACUAAGGCUGUUAUAAAAAUGUAAGGAAUUGUCCGCACAAUUUAGGUAUGAAUUUGAUGUCUUAUGAUCAGGUCAUAGGUUUUAGUCAAUGUAACAGAUCCUCUGCUUAUGCAGGUAAGCAUUGGGCCGUGUAGAAAUCAUCCACACAUAACCCAGAUCCCAUAGCGUGAACAAAUGCAGCUAAUUUCUGCUGACCUAACUAAAUUGCUUUUGGACAAUUU